UUUAUUUAUUUAUUUUUACUGUAUAUUUGGUAUAUAUUUGUAAGUUUGGUAUUCUUCAUAACAAUUUUGAAUGGCGGCAUGUAUUUAAUAAUUAACACUAAACUUUAUCCUGAGUUUUAAUCUUGUUUCUGAUUUGAUAUUUAUACAUUUCCACAUGUUGGUGCGGACAAAUUCCAUUCACUGUAAUCGUUCUUUUUUUUUUCUUUCUGUCCAACUUAAAGGACAGAUUGUGUAACUUAUCUGCCAAAAAAAAGCUGAUUAAUUAACAAAAUAAACUUUAGUUCUAAAUAUGCAAAAGGGGUUUCUACAAAAUCUGUCGAUUUUAAACAAGGAGUCUAUUUGCUUCGCUGCUGGACUGGAAAAUGGGGAAUAAACAAAAGAAAUAAAAUUUCCGAGGUGUGCAAUCUAUAGUGUGCACCAACAAGUAACUCCAAUAUUCUCAAAUCCAUAUGAUAUUUAUUUUACUGCCUACCUGUGCUAUUUGCUUGCUCAAGUGUGGGUUUAAGAGGUUUGCAUUUUUUAAUGCAAUAUUGUAGGAUUUUUUUAAGAUGCAUUCGCAAAGCAGAGACAUGAAUCUUCUCUUUUUUUAUAUUCGAACCUUUUCAUGAAAGCUUUCAGUUAUAUUUUCCACUUUGAUAUUCUCCCUUUUCUUCCAGUAACUUUUCUUUACCUGUCGCUUGGUUCAUAAAACUUUAUAUCUGAAAUAAAAUACAUUUCUGUUCAACUAAAAACAUCAAAAGGGAAAUAAAAAAUAAAAUCCUAAAUGUGUUCUGAAUCUGUUUUUCCUGAUCUUCUUCAUAUAUCUAGUGAAUUUCUUUUUUUUUCUAAGAUACAAUUCUUCUUUCACCAAAGAGUUUUUGAAGUGUUUUGUGAAAAAAUGAGCAAUUUACUAAAAUGAUAUUGUCAUUUUGUUGUAUAAAUUGGAACACAUUGUUUAAAAAAAAACUUGAACUCACUUUAGUCACACCAUAUUUGUGGUGCAAACUUAAAAAACAAAACCCACAAAGAACUUGCAUCUUAACAGAAUUUGUUUUGUUUAUUUUUUGCACGUUUCCCUCCUCUAAACUCCUUAUCCUUAAAAGAAUUUGAUUCUCUCCUAACUCACUGACAUGUUACAGGACCGUGGACGCUUUAAAGACAUUUAUUUCCAAACCACUCAACCCUUUUCAAGCAUUUGAGGGACACGAAGAAAGAAAUCGCUAACGUUGGGAUCUAGUCAUGUCUCACAGAAGAAGCCGCAGCCCGUCGCCGGGGCGAUUUUCACGCACCUGCAGCAGUAACGAUCCUCGAGAUUUGGAAAGAAGGAUUUUUGUUGGGAAUUUGCCAACUUCUGACAUGGAAAAAAAGGAUUUGGAAGACCUGUUCAGCCCAUAUGGCAAGAUAAUCGGCGUAUCCUUGUUUCGCGGGUAUGGAUUUGUUCAGUUUGAGCGUGUUGAGGAAGCUGAAGCUGCAAGAGCGGCUCAAAAAGGCCGACUAUAUAAAGGUUACAAAAUAGAUGUAAAUAUGGCAGUGGAGCGACGGCAAGCUAAACCUCUAUCCCAGCAGAGCCCACCACGAAGGGCUCCCUACAGCAAAGAUCCUCGGCCUCGAUCACGCUCCCCUGUGUACGGACGUGACGGACGCGAACCCCGGGACAGUCGAGAUGCCAGGGACUCCGGUAGAGAGCCAAGACCAAGUAGCCACUCUCGUGACCCGGAUUACCGGUACCGCAGCUCUGAGAGCCGAGACAAAGACCUCAGGGCCGAUCCACGGGAUCCGGCCUACAGCAGGGAGGACUACGACCGAUACUACCGCAGUAGCAGUGCUGCGGAGGACUACUACAGGAGAAAGGACGACGCCUACAGGGAUCCUUACGCGGAUCCUUGGAAUGGUCGCCGUGAUCCAGUAACCGAUCGUGUUCGUCCAGAAGAGCGUCGGCGUAAUGAACUGUACCGGCAGUACUACGAAGAGCUUCAGCGGCGCUACGACACGGAUCGCCCCGUUGACUGUUCAGUGAUUGUGGUCAACAAGGCGCAGAAUAGGGAGUAUGCGGAGACGGUUGGGCGGAAGGUCCGCGAUUUGGGGAUGGUGGUGGAUCUGAUCUUUCUGAACACAGAAGUGUCUCUCACUCAAGCACUAGAGGAUGUGGGCCGCGCCCGCACUCCAUUCGCCAUCAUCAUUACCCAGCAGCACCAGGUGCACCGCUCCUGCACUGUCAACAUCCUGUUUGGAACCCCUCAAGAGCAUCGAAAUAUGCCCAUGCAGGAUGCCAUGAUGCUGGUGGCCCACAAUUAUGACACCUACAAGGUUGAAAACCGGGAAAAAGAGCGAGAGGAGAUCGCCAGAAAAGCUGCCAAGAUGGCAGAUGACGUCCUGCUCAGAGAGCCUGACAGGGAGAGCCACCCUGUGUCUGUGCUCACAGCCAUCACACUGCUGUCUGAAAACAGGUUUUUAACCCCUGAAGAACUGGACGUUCUCAUUGCGUAUCUAAAGGACAAAAGGGUUCGCCUCGUACGAAGUGUUGGAGACCCUCUUGCAGGCCACAUCGGUGCUCCUUCAGGAGUUCACCUCGACGGUCCGGCAUCUUCUGCAGGAAUCCCGGCUUCCUCCGCUCUUCCCUCCCAGCAGCCCAGCCACCACAGUCUGUCGGCCGUCUCCAGCGCGUCUGCUAACCCCAGUCAUCAGCAGGAGCUGCAGGCCAAAAUCCUCAGUCUGUUCAACAGCGGCUCCGGGCCCCUGACAGCCGCCGGGAGCCUUUCCUCUGCCAACCCGCAAGCUCAUUCCUACAGCUCUCUGGGGCCCUCUUCCUCCCAAAUUCCUUCCCGCCCUGCCAUGCCCGGGGCCCCCACCACAGCAUCACAGGCCUACAGCGUCCCAUCGGCCCGCCUGCCUGCAGCACUCGGAGCUCAGAGGGCCCCUGUGGCGACUUCAGGCAUCAACUUUGACAACCCCAGUGUCCAGAAAGCUCUGGAUACCCUCAUUCAGAGUGGACCGUCUCUCAACAACCUGGUGGGCUCUGGAGCCUCUCAGCAAACCUCCUCGAGAGCAGCUCCGAGCAUGGGGCAGGUCCCAGCCAUGUCCAUGUAUUCCCGACCCUACUGAUGAGCUGGGAGGAGUUAGUGCGCCCCCCGCAGUGCUAGAAAUAGACACCACACCUGUGAGUGAUGGGAUUUCCCAGCUCUGUAUCAGUAACCCUUUUUUUUAAACGUGUUUUUUUUUUUUUCCCUCCCAUUAAUAUUGUUGUUUAAAUUGAACGAUGGGUUCAGACUGCUUGAUUGUAUUUUCAGUUGUUUGGCUGAAAACUUUCAGUCUUUUUACAAGUGAGUCUUUGAGCAAAUGAAGUUUGGUUUCAGAUUCAAACCAGUGACGCUUUUUAUAGUUUCCUCCUGUUUUAUUUGUACUUUAGUUGUUGUGAAAAUGGGCCGUAAUUAAAAACUCCACACACGUUUGAUGUAAUAAAA